GAGCGCGCAGUUUGGAGCCGAAACUCCUCGCUUGUGUCCAAAAGGCCGGACAGGGGGACUUGACGAGCGGGGCUCCCGCGGUGAGUGGAGCGAGCCGCUCUGCAGUCCCAGUGAUGGCUAUGCAGAUGCAGCUUGAAGGCAAUGCAGAUACGUCAGUAGAAGAAGAAAGCUUUGGCCCACAACCUAUUUCACGGUUAGAGCAAUGUGGCAUAAAUGCCAAUGACGUGAAGAAAUUGGAAGAAGCUGGGUUCCAUACUGUGGAGGCUGUUGCCUAUGCACCAAAGAAGGAGCUAAUAAAUAUUAAGGGAAUUAGUGAGGCCAAAGCUGAUAAGAUUCUGUCUGAGGCAGCUAAAUUAGUUCCAAUGGGUUUCACAACUGCAACUGAAUUCCACCAAAGGCGGUCGGAGAUCAUACAGAUUACUACUGGCUCCAAAGAGCUUGACAAACUACUUCAAGGUGGAAUUGAGACUGGAUCUAUCACAGAGAUGUUUGGAGAAUUCCGAACUGGGAAGACCCAGAUCUGUCACACUUUGGCUGUGACAUGCCAGCUUCCCAUUGACCGAGGUGGAGGUGAAGGAAAGGCCAUGUACAUUGACACAGAGGGCACCUUUAGGCCAGAACGGCUGCUGGCAGUGGCUGAGAGAUACGGCCUCUCUGGCAGUGAUGUCCUGGAUAAUGUAGCAUAUGCUCGAGGGUUCAACACAGACCACCAGACCCAGCUUCUUUAUCAAGCAUCAGCCAUGAUGGUAGAAUCUAGAUACGCACUUCUUAUUGUAGACAGUGCUACCGCCCUGUACAGAACAGACUACUCAGGUCGAGGAGAGCUGUCAGCCAGACAGAUGCACUUGGCCAGGUUUCUGCGGAUGCUUCUGCGGCUUGCUGAUGAGUUUGGUGUAGCAGUGGUAAUCACCAACCAGGUGGUAGCCCAAGUGGAUGGAGCAGCUAUGUUUGCUGCAGAUCCCAAAAAACCUAUUGGAGGAAACAUCAUCGCCCAUGCAUCAACAACCAGACUAUACCUGAGGAAAGGAAGAGGAGAAACCAGAAUCUGCAAAAUCUAUGACUCUCCCUGCCUUCCUGAAGCUGAAGCUAUGUUUGCCAUCAAUGCGGAUGGAGUGGGAGAUGCCAAAGACUGAAUCAUUGGCUGUUUUCCUGUGAUAAACUUUAAGUGCUACAGCCUAAUAGAGAGGAUGCUCCCUGGGGUUCUUCACAAGUCUCUUCCUGUUGUGACUGCCAAGACAAGGCUUCCGGAA